AUGAUGUUCUUUUGGUUUGUAUUUAUUUUACAUUUAACGAUAAGUCAAGAAGUUAUAUCUCCUUAUGUAUUUUCUGAUUGUAAACAUUUAAUAUUGCCUGCUCGUUGUCAAUGCUAUCAUUCAGGUUAUGAAUCUCAAUUACGUUGUCUUAAAAGUGAACUCCAUUCGUUACCUAAAUUACCAAAUAACAUGCGUUGGAAUGCGCUCGAUUUCUCCUUUAAUUAUAUAACAUCUGUUGAUAAUUAUGUAUUUGCUGAUAUUUAUGUUGAAAAGAUAUAUUUAAAUGCAAACUAUCUUCGUCGAAUUGAGACAACAGCAUUUGAUCAAAUAAAAAAUUUAAAACAACUAUAUAUUAAUAACAAUCAGCUGAAAGACCUUCAUCCUACAACUUUGAUAUCGCCAGGUGCUAGUUUAGAAAUAUUUGAUGCAUCUUAUAAUCCAUUUCAAUAUUUGGACAUUGGUCAAAUUGUUCUUAAUUUAUCUGCAUUGAAAGAAUUACAUCUUGUAGCAUGUCAGUUAAAUGAUACAAGUAUUUAUACGUUAUUAAAAUUAAUUCAAAAUACAACUGAUGAAUAUAAUGAAACGAUUGUUGGACGUAGACAUCAUCAAUUAGAAAUUCUUGAUUUAAGUUAUAAUAAUUUAACAACUAUAUGCUAUCAUUUAUUUGAUGGUUUAUAUAACCUCAUUGAACUUCGUCUGAAUCAUAAUAUGAUACGUUUAGUUGAUAAUAAUUUUCUUCGUUCAGUUACAAGAAUAAAAAUUUUGAAUUUGGCACACAAUUCAUUACAACAUGUACCUAAACUAUUAAGUCGUUCAUUAGAAGUUUUAAAUUUUUCAUCAAAUCAAAUUAAUUAUAUCAGCGAUUAUUUUGCAUCGAAUCUUCCUGCAAUACGUCUUAUUGAUUUCGAUUACAAUCCUAAUUUAAACAAUACAUCAUUACGUGCGUUUUGUUUUUUGAAUAUUUUUUCAUUAGAAAAAUUAACGUUUCGUUCAAAUAAUAUUCUCUCAUUGGAUACAUUCACUGAACUAUUAUGUCGUUUAACAAAUGCGACCGAAAAAAGAGAUCUAAUUGAUAUUAACAAUAAUAUUAAUUUAAAAUGCAAUUGUACAUUAAUGCAAUUUCAAAAGCUUCUAAAUAAAUAUAAUGAUUUAACAUGUAAUCAACAAGGACAAGAUCGAUAUUACAUAUCAACAUUAACAAGUUGGUUUUCCAAUUGUCAAAAUGAUGCCUGUUUAAAUAUACAACAACAAACAAAAUCGAUUUCUUGUAAUUGGGCAGAUGCCGAACGUGCCAUAUACGAAGGAACAUGUGAAGCAAAAUUAAAAAUAAGUGAGAAGAAAAAAAAGAAUAAAUCAAAAUUAACAUCAACAAUAGCCACAAUCGUUAAUAUACAAUGGUCAGAAAAUAUUACGGACAAUAGAAAUUUCACAAUCACAGAAAAUGCAACCAUAAAUCAAACUGGAAAAGCUUUAGGAUCGAAUUCAAUAUCAAUGAAAAAGAACAUUUAUUUAUUAUUAAUUAUUUUAUUUACUAUAUUGAUAUUGCAGAAGAAUAUAGAUUAG